AUGCAUGAUGAUCACAAAAUUAAUUUCACCGAUUUACAUCUAUCUAUCUAUCUAUCUAUCUAUCUAUCUAUCUAUCUAUCUAUCUAUCUAUCUUCUUGUUUUUCUUUCUUCAUUGUUUUCUUUCCUAUUUUUCUCCUUUUCUGUAUACUUAAUUUUUAUGGGAUUUUUUCUUUUUAUUCAAAUUUUUAUUCUUUCAUUUGUAUUUCUUCUUCUUCUUCUUCUUCUUCUUCUUCUUCUUCUUCUUCUUGUUCUUGUCGCUUCCCUUCCUUCCUUACUUCCUUCUUUCUUUCCUUACUUCGUUCGUUCGUUCCCCCUUCCUUCCUUCCCGCCUUCCUUCCUUCCCGCCUUCCUUCCUUCCUCCCUUCGUUCGUUCGUUCGUUUGUUCCUUCUUUCCUUUCCUUCCUUCCUUCCUUCCUUCCUUCCUUCCUUCGUUCGUUCGUUCGUUUGUUCGUUUGUUCCUUCUUUCCUUUCCUUCGUUCGUUCGGUCGUUCGUUCGUUCGUUCGUUCGUUCGUUCGUUUGUUCCUUCUUUCCUUUCCUUCGUGCGUUCGUUCGUUCGUUCGUUCGUUCGUUCGUUCUUUCCUUCCUUCCUUCCUUCCUUCCUCCCUCCCUUCGUUCGUUUGUUUGUUCCUUCCUUCCUUCCUUCCUUCCUUCCUUCCUUCCUUCCUUCCUUUCUUCUUCCGUCCCUCCUUUCUUUUGUUUGUUCGUUCGUUUGUUCCUUCUUUCCUUUCCUUCCUUCCUUCCUUCCUUCCUUCCUUCCUUCCUUCCUUCCUUCCUUCCUUCGUUCGUUCGUUCGUUCCUUCUUUCCUUUCCUUCCUUCGUUCCUUCCUUCCUUCCUAGCUUCCCUUCCUUCCUUCAUUCCUUCGUUCGUUCCUUUCUUUCUUCCUUCCUUACUUCUUUCGUUCGUUCGUUCGUUCGUUCGUUUCUCCCUCCCUCCCUCCUUUCCUUCGUUCGUUUGUUCCUUCUAUCCUUUCCUUCCUUCCUUCCUUCCUUCCUUCCUUCGUUCGUUCGUUCGUUCGUUCGUUCCUUCCUUUCUUCUUCCGUCCCUCCUUUCUUUCGUUUGUUCGUUCGUUUGUUCCUUCUUUCCUUUCCUUCGUUUGUUCGUUCGUUCGUUCCUUCCUUCCUUAUUUACAUACAUUUAUAUUUCUCGUUCUCUUCCUUGCUUUAUUUACCCCCCCUUUCAGUCUCUUCCUUCCUUUUUCCUUUGA